CUUCCUGUCCCUGGGGGCUGGGUAAGAGGGGAGCUGCUGAGUGUGCAUACCUGUUGAGAGCACAGACACACGCCCUGCUCUGGGGCCCUGCUCCCAUGGAGAUGCCCCUGGCCCAGAUAUGCCCCCCAGGGAGUUAUGAAGCGCCUGCCCCAACCUUCAGCACUUUCCAGACCAUGGACUUGACCCGCAAGAGAUGCCCGAGCUCGGGCUUGCCCCAGGAGCCCCGACCGCAGGCCUUGAAGGCCGAGGAGCCCCCGCCCAGCUCGGGGACGCUGGCUGUCCACGCUGCGGCAUCUCCCUGGACCCCAGAGACUGCUUCUGUCCCAGGGAAUACUGAGAAGGCUGAAGAGGUGCCCGGGGAAGAUGGCCUGUCCCUGCAGGCGGAGAUCCUUGCUUGGUUCCAGAAGACCCAGGCUCACUGGCUCCUGCAGCAAGGGACAGCACCAGCCUGGUUCCAUGGCUUCAUCACCCGGAGGGAGGCCGAGAGGUUGCUGGGGCCCCAGCCUCAGGGAUGCUACUUGGUGCGGUUCAGCGAGAGCGCCGUGACCUUCGUGCUGACCUACAGGAGCCGGACUUGCUGCCGCCACUUCCUGCUGGCCCAGCUCAGGGACGGGCGCCACGUGGUGCUGGGCGAGGACAGCGCCCACGCGCAGCUGCAGGACCUGCUGCGGCACUACACCGAGUGUCCGCUCAGCCCCUACGGGGAGACACUCACCCGGCCGCUCGCCCGCCAGCAGACUCCUGAGCCCGCAGGGCUGUCCCUCAGGACUGAAGAGUCAGACUCUGGAAGCCACAGUCAGAACCCAAGCCCCCAGCACAACCCAGACAUGCAACAGGGGCAGGCUCCAGCCCUACCAAACAAAGAGGGGGCCCGGGAGCCCAAGGAGCCCACUCAGCCGCCCAGGACCAAGCCUCCCGUCCCCGCCAAACCUCAACUGCCCCCGGAACUCUACACGAGCCCCGCCCCGCGACCCCGCCCAGUCCCACCCCCCAAACCCACCCACCCCAUCUACCAAGAGCCCGAGGAACCCAUCGCCUUCUACGCCAUGGGCCGGGGCAGCCCUGGGGAGGCCCCCAGCAACAUCUAUGCCGAGGUGGAAGGUCUGUCAGCGACGGCGUCCGCUGGGCACCGCGUCCUCCGCAAGUGCCUAUCCAGGCCUGUCCCAGGAGGCCAGAAUCCAGGUGGUCCACAGAGGCACUCUGAGAAUUCUGGGGCUGGACAAGGCCCUCCCCUGCCUCAGCAGCCUCCACUCCCCUGGAGGCACACCCUUCCCCACAACCUCUCUAGACAGGUGCUUCAGGACUGAGGACAGGCAUGGCUCCCCGUUGGGCCUCCUCUAUAAGUGGACUCGAGCAUCAGGGCGUGACUGACCUUCUUCAGCUCUCCUUUCUUGCCGGAAACCUGGCAGCUAAGUUCUCCUGGAGUCCCAGCACCUGACAGUGUGUUUCAGUGGAGGUUCACAGUACGAGUGGCACACUGUUUUUAUGACCAUCCCCACCUGAAACUUGCUCUGAGAUAAAGAAAUCAUGCCAUCUGUCCUGUCCCUUCAUCGCAGAGCCCCUCAGCUAACUGAAACCUGUAGGCCCUGCCACCUCCAUUCCCCAACAGAGGCUGGGAACUGGGGAGUCUCUGAGGUGUGUCCAGCCCUCAUGCUUUACCUUAAGCUUUUGGAAGAGCUCAGGUCAAUGACAUCAGUGUAAAUGUGAUUCACCGUUAGGAAGAGGAAUUGCACCACUGCCUGCUGGAUGUCAUCUCAUAUCUAAUCAUUAGCACUUUCAUGCCACAGAAGGAACCUCAGGAUGUCCCCCAUCUCCAGAGGCACUUGAGAUCAGCAUCAUUUUCUCUAUUUGGGAUCACAGGCCCCUUUGAAAAAUCAUCUUGACCCGGAUAAAACCUUGCAAUUCUAGGGUCUUCGAAGGUCAUGAACCCAGUUGUGGCCAUUGGGAAAAAGCAACGCACUUUCCAAGGCAGCUCAAGGCCCUCUGCAGGGACGCUGCACACAGACACCACACUGAGGUCCAGGCGCAGGAGGGCAGCGUCUGUCAGACUGAAUGUUUUAUUUCAACAGACAUCCCUGGCUUAAAAAAAAAAAAAAAAAAAAAGGUAGGGGAGAGUUCAACAUUUCAUCACACCUGACAGGGAGCAAGACUCCCACCCGAGAACUCGGAGCCCCUCCAGCGGCAUCACUCAGUCUGCUAGCUCCAACACGGACAGGAGCUCAAUUUUCUAACUUGUUAAGAAAAAUCUAUCAAAUAUGUUCAUUCUCGCAGAGGCGAGGGCUGGGUCCUCAGGGAAAGACAUCCUGGGCUUAGAGCAGCUGGGGUCCCAGAGGUGAAGCUGGGGGCUGGGCCAACUAGGCUGGCAGGAGAUCCUGGGAGCAUCAGUUCCAAAGCCCUAGAAUCCGUAUUUGGCUUGGGUCUGCCGGCGGCUGAGCUUGUUCUCUGACCAGGUGUUCUUCAGUUCCAGCUCCCGCUCCUUAGCCUGUGGCAAGGAAGAAGGGGUGAGGGCUGUCACAAUAGCAUCUGUGUAGACGUACGAUGCUAGGAACUGGACCCAGGGCCUUAUACAUGCUGAGCAAGCACACUGCCAGCCCUUAAACCAGAAUCAUGAAAGACAUUUUCCUCUCAUCUCUGUGAGCUUCCCAACUGAAAAUCUUUCUCCCAGCAAGAUUUUCACUGUGCCACACACCUGUAAUUCCAGCCACUACGGAGGAAGAGCAAGGAGGAUGUCAAGUUUGAGGUCAGCCUGGACAACUAAGUAGGACCCUAUCUUAAAAUUAAAAAAAAAAAUAAAAUAAAAAAUAAAAGGGCUAGGGAUGUAGCUCAGUGGUAGUGCCCCAAGUUCAAUCCCCAGUACCCCUGUGUGCGCGUACACACACAGACUUUCUCCCAUAAUAACAAUUACGGGAAAAGAACAAAUCCCUUGGGCUGGGGCUGUCGCUCAGCGGUAGAGCACUCGCCUGGCAUGUGAGAGGCCCUGGGUUCGAUCCUCAGCACCACAUAUAAAUAAAUAAAUAAAGCGAAAAAUCCAUUGGCAACUAAAAAAAAGAAAGAACAAAUCCCUUGAAAGACUUCAUUUUCUCUUAUCCACAAAGGAGAAGACCACAAAAAAGCAAAGAAAAAUCAUCUCUUUGGAGAGCUAACAAGGCUCAAGCAGAACAAGGACUCAAGAAUCCUUGUGCUUGCUCUGGUAGAAUUAAAACUGAGACGUUCAAGUGGGAAAUGGAAAAAGGAGAACUAGAAGCUGGCAUCUAAAUCAGAUACCUCAGUUACUCAACCAGCAGACCAGGAAAGGACAGUCUCAGAGACUUGGAGAGGUCACCACAGGAUGCCAAACAACCAGAACUUAAGUCUAAAAAAGAGGUUUGCUGUUGUGUUGAAUAUAACACAUGUUGCACUCCAAAAAUUCGUACCUCCCCCUGCCCCACCCCAGUACUGAGGAUUAAACCCAGGGGUGCUCUACCACUGAGCUACAUUCCUCA